GAAUUUCACACCGUUGAUUGUCGCUAUCUCCCGCUGCCAUUAUUACUGCUGUCGAUGCCAUCACCGUCCCACAUGGUGGCAUUUCCAGCGCUGGAUCUUUGUGCACGGCCCGACACAGACACGCCCCCCAACAGCCACUACCUCCGCCGCCAAAUACUCUUUGCCGAGCUAGCGAGAUAGCAGCCUUCGAUCCCUGCGCUUCCCCACACCCCGCCAUGCUGCCUUCAUACCCCUAUCCCAGCAUAAACAGCCUGCAGAAACGUUCCUCCAUCGCAUCCGAGAGGCCGUAUAUGCACAGAUACGCCCUUUCGUCACAUGACGUCGGUCUGCACUCAAGCAGCAGCGUCACCCACAACCACAGCCACAGCCACGGCCAUACCCACAGCCAUGCCCACACCCCCAAUCACAGCAACAACAACAACAGCAGUAGCAGCAACAGCAGCAACAGCAGCAGCAGCAGCAGCAGCACCUCUACGUCGACCAACCGCAACGGCAGCCAUAAGGCGGUCGCAAGUAAGAGCAAGGGAAGCGCUGGCGCCAGCUCCCUUGCCACGAGCGGAGCCGGCAGCUUCCUUAACUACCCUGCCUCACAAGCACACGCUCUUCCACACUAUGCCCUGCACCCACAAGAAACCCAUGCAGAGACAUUUGGAGCGGCUGCUACGGCACCAAUUGUUGCCAGCGAGUACACUUCUUCGUACACAUCCCACUACCCGCUCUACGGUGCAGACUGGUCCACCACGAAAGACCAGCGGCACGCCAAGAUUGCUUUGAGCUCGUACAGAGAAGACUCGACAAAUAAGUUGGAGAUCCUUUACGGAUCCCCGCAGUACAUUGAUGACGACAACAACGCCAGCGACAUCGUCAGCAGCAGCGACGUUGUCGCCAACUCCUGGUCCCUCACCAAACGCCAUGACUACACUGUCAAGUACCCGAUCACGCGACUACAGUGGGAUCCGGCUCUUAGCAUCAUCAACACUGACGUAGAGCGGUUAGCCACGACAUCUGAGUGCUUGAGAAUAUACGAGGUUCUGAAGCAGGAUGAGUGCGACUUUCACGGAACCAACUCCAACUACAUCAACAACAACAACAGCUUCACCAACCUUAAUACUGCGACCACUGCCGCCGGGAAACUCGUGGAAAAGACCGCUCUCACUAACUCGAAGUCCAAGAAUUUGAACCAGCUCCCCCCAAUGACAUCCUUUGACUGGAACAGAUUUGACCCUAACAACCUCAUCACGUGCUCAAUAGACACCACCUGCACCGUGUGGAACCUGACGAAGGAGACGUUUGUGGCUAAGACACAGCUUAUAGCACACGACAGCGAAGUAUACGACGUGAAGUACAUUUACGGCGACACCAAUGUGUUUGCCAGUUGCUCAUCCGACGGCUCUGUGCGACUGUUUGACCUCCGGAACUUGGACCAAUCAACGAUCAUCUACGAACGCUCAGAUGGCAUCACAAGCAAAAAGUAUGAUGCUCAGUCAUCAACACCUUCUGCCGUUGCUGUUACCGCUGCUCCUGCAGGUCCGACCAACGCAAAACUCAAUUCUGCAGAUACGGGGAAACUAGUGAGAUUGGCUACAUCUAAUUACAACGCCAACCAGAUUGCCGUCUUGGAGGCCAAGUCUAACCGAAUACUGGUCCUAGACUUGCGCAGUGUCGGCCUGCCGCUUUACACCCUCCACAGCCACUCGGCGCCGGUGAACUCGAUCGCAUGGCACCCAAAGAAAAACAUGCUUCUUUCUGGUGGCGACGAUUCCCAGGUGCUCGUUCACGACUUUUCCAGUUCUGCUGACCUUGAUGAAAUCGCCGUCCCUCAUGGCAAAGACCCCCUCCCCGCUUACUCCUUUUCCUCGCCCAUGGAGGUGAAUUCUGUUUGCUGGAACCCCACCGGCGAGUGGGUUGGCAUCAACAGCGGAAAGCAGUUCCAGGCGUGCCAGCUUUAACUUAAUCUAGUUCUUUCCCCUUGUGUAUUAACUAACAUGUACUGUACGUUUAGCAAUAGUCUACUUCAGCU